ACACUGACACACACUCCAGUCCCCACAACACAGUCUGCUAAAGACAAGAAGAAAGGAAGCAAGAAGAAAGGUCCCCCCUCCCCCAUCCAGGAGCUCAUCCUGCCCCCCCCAGAGGAGGAGGAUGCUGUGGAAGUGCAAAAGAGAAGAGCGAGAAACAGAAUGGGACUGGAGUACAGAGCUGCAUUAAAACAUGAAGAGAGCUCUGUAUGCGAGCGCUUGGAACGGGUAAAGCUACAGUUUGUAAAGAUGUUGCGAAAUCUCCAGACCCAAACAGAAGUGGCUCACAGAGAGAUGGAGGAGUGGGGUGGGGCUCACUUCCUGUCUGAGGUCAACAGCAUUGAUCAGUUGGCAGCCAUCAUUCGUCACCACAUUGAGAGCGGGUCACGGAUGACACACGAUCUCACAUUAGCAUGUAGCGACUUAUUGGGCCUGCUGCAGUCCUAUGUGUGUGAUGAUGAAGAGGAGGAGGUGUUUGAGGGUGAUGAAGGUGAUGUGUCAGUGGAUGAUGUACUCACAGUUGUGAAGCACAGGAGUACUCGAAUCUCAUCUCAACAACACACCACUGCUCAGAAGACUGAGGAGCUGCAGCAGAAUCUGGUGGAUGUAUUUCAAAACCUUGGCUUUAAGCCAGAAGAAAAGAUUCCCUUACACUUGUUAUCCCAGCAGUCUGUUCUUCAAGAGCUGAUGGACUCAACACUGUACCUACUGGCAGACUUUUCCAGAGUUUUGGAGAAGCAGAGUUCUUCAGUGGAAGAUCCAGCAAGUGACAUCACAUCUAACACAUCCCCCAGAGCUGAGUAACCAUGGCAACCAGGGGUGGUUGCCAAAGCACUCUGUUAUUAGCAUGAGAGGUCUUAGCUAUUAGCAUGAGAGUUAUUAGUUAUUAGCAUAAGAGGUCUUAGCUAUUAGCAUGAGAGUUAUUCGUUAUUAGCACGAUUAUCCUCU